AUGGCGAAGUUGCUGGUGAUCGUGCGGAGCAGCGCGCUGGUGCUCUUCUUCUUUGCCUUGGGUGAGGACUUCACGUGGAUACAGGUCGGUGGUUAUGCGUUCACGAUCGUUGCCUUCACCGGCUACUCCAUUGUGAAGGCCCAUGACAUGGAGAAGGCGGAGGAGGACAAGGCGGACAAGGCCGCCAAGCUGCUGCAGAUGAUGGAGGAGGGAAAGUCUCCGGAAGAGCAAGCUCUCGUACAGGCCGGCGUGACCAUGGAGGAGGAGCCGGCCAAGAUGCGCGAGGCUGGGAACUUCUCCGACCUGGAUUUGACCUCUGGGAUGUUCUGGUUCGCCUUUUUAAUCGUGCUGGCCAGCGCCUACCAGGCGUUCGUGCUCGGGGAAAUUAGAUUUCCUGUGCCGGAUCGGGCCUUCGUUGGUGUGGCGACACCCGGAAACGUCCCACCUGUUCCCUACAUGCCGCUCACUUCCCUGAAGCAGGACAUCCCUCUGCGGCAGAAGCAAGCACUUUUGGCGUCCUCGGUGGAGUCCUCCGCGAAGGUCCUCUACCUCGAGGACGGGCGCUUUCUGGCGCGGAAGGGCUCUUUGGUGCUUCUGACGGAGCGGGACCCGGAGGACUAUCUGUCCUCCUCGUGGCUGAUCUCCUCCAGUGAGCGGAAGCCUCGGUAG